AUUUUUAGGUUAGUAACAAUCUCCCUACUUGACUUGCUUUAUUUCAUUUCUCACGUUUUUACCUUCAAAAAACCAAAACAGUCUAUUAAAAUAGUAAAUUACAACGUAACUGAAAACCAUGGCUGAAGAAGAGAAUGUAAACGGCAAUAUAGACGAAGAUUUACCCGACAACAAUGAGAAAUCACAGAAAAAGUCUGCCAAAUAUGAUUCGGGAGCUGCCGAUCUUGAAAAAGUCACAGAUUAUGCCGAAGAAAAAGAAAUCUCCACGCAGAAUUUUGCGGGCGCCAUUUCCGCUAUUGGUGAUCAACGAAAUAAAGAAGCACUGGAGAAGCAGGCACGCGAAAAAGAGCUGUUGAAGGUCUCAAUCAAGAAGGAAGAUGUUGACUUGAUUGUCAGAGAAAUGGAAAUUUCGCGUACAAUUGCUGAACGAACGCUGCGAGAGUAUCAUGGAAAUGUUGUGAACGCGCUUAUUGCAUUAACCAACUAAUAUUAAGAAUAAAGUCAAUACAUUUAUAA